CCAACUGCGCGUAAAAGUUGUCCACUCCUCCCUCUCGGUCCAUGAGGCUGAUUUGGCUCCAGAUAUAAACACAGUGCUGCGCUCUGUCCGCGCUGCGCUCCUCCGUCUCCUCACAACCAGCGGGCACUUUGUCUCCAAGAGGCCGAAAAACCGAGAAAGAAGCGCAGGAGGCGACGAUCUGUGGCACAUUCCCCAGGAUGGAGGAGAAUUCUCCAUCCAAGCCAUCUGUGGCUGAGCUGGCUGGAAGGUUCAAAGGUCACAUUCUACCAAUGCCCACCUCAAAUGAUGAGCUGCCAUUUCGAAGACGACCUCCGUGUUCCCUGAAGUUGAAAAAUCAAAAAGAGGACAAUGAGGAAUCAGACAAAACUAUCGUCUCCCCAAAUCCCUUUAAAAUCAAGAUGAAGAACUCGCCCAUCAUCGAGAAACUUCAGGCCAAUCUUGCCCUGUCACCCACCGCUCUGCUGCCUUCACCCAAGAGUCCCGAGGUGAAGCUACAGCCGGCACCGUUGUCCCCCACCACACCCUGCAGCCCGCUGAGCCCCACGCUGCGGCCCUCGCGUCAGUCCAGUGAGGAGGAGGAUGCCGUCAGCUUCAGCAACCCUCCUGAGGGCACACCACUGCCGAGCUUCAACAAGACUCGUGCACGGCUUUCCUUCAAGAGGCGCCCGCCCACGAGACAGCACCGGAGGUCGGCUGGAGAGGAGUCUCUGUCCCCAUGCGAACUGUACAGCCCCAACGGAAAUGGGGACACGGACCAGGUUUUGGACAGCCCAGCAGAGGAAGCCGAAUAUGGACAGAAAGAAGCUGAAGAGAGGGACAGGGACUGUGAAAACACAGAGGAUGAAGCACUUCAGAGUGACCGAGGCCAAAGGAGAGAUCCAGAGGAGGAGCAGGAAGCGGAACAGCCCCACAGUUCAGAGACUGUGGGGGAGAAACAGCAGCCUUCAGAGCCAUGCCCUGCCAAGCAGAUAGAGGGUGAUGCUGAGACAGAGGACGGGCAGGAGGUGAUGGGUCAGGAGGAACACAAAGCAAGACAUGAGCUGUGAAUGUUUGUGUAAGAGAAAGAAUAUACAUAUGGAUAAGUUAUUCUAUGCUUUUGAUCAGAGAACUCUUUUGAAAGCUACUCCUGUCUCAAAUGUCUUGGCCCUGUUUGAAGUCCCUCUGCUACCAUCUCCCGGCCAUCGAUAGAACAGGUCUACAAACACUGGAGGCUCACGAGAAGCAGCUGAUGUCCACACACGGACACGAGCGUCACAGUCGAUACUGUCUCCAUUAUCAGGCAGAGGACAUUUGUGUCACGUUGACCAGACUCCUCUUUUUCCACGAUCAUUUUUUUUUUCUUUUCCAAGAUUCGACACGAGUCAAAGACAUUGUUAAGAGUGCACUUCCAUGUCAGAAGUCUCCAUCACAUGCACAGGACUUUUGGAAAUACUGAAUGCUGGGCUGGCGAAGGCAAACAAAAAUAUAUUAGAAAUAUAUUAUUAGAUUCACGUAGCAGAUAUAUAAUGUUCUGACAUCAUAACAAAUCACUUUAGGUCGAAAUUUAUGUAAAUUGCUUAUUUAGUUUUAUUUGGGUGUAUGUCUGUCUACUUCUCUGCUUGUCUUCUAUUUUGUAUUCUAUAAAAUAUCUAAAUCACAGAGCUACUGUGGAGGCUCAGGUCCUCUGAUGUUAUAAAUGCACAGAAAUGUUAAGAAAAUAAAACAGCCUCCUUCUCAAGUAAGAAAAACAGGCUGAGGUUACAUGUGUUUGGUCGAACACAUGUGGUUCACAUUACUUUGAAAUGUAGUCAGGUAUAGAAAUAGCUUGACAUGGCAAUUAUUUUAACUUUAUCCAUCAGAUUACAAAUCAAAACAAAACAAAACAAAAAACCCACAUAAUCUGAUCUGAAGAUUUAUUUGAUCAUUUUUUGGAUUUGUUUCAAAUCAAACAUUGCAAAUAUUCCACAUAAAUAUUUGUUUUUCACUUUAAACAUCUCAAGACUAAACAGAUGUUGUCCAGUAAUAUCAAUGAUGAUGAUGAUGAUGCCUACGUGUUGAAGUCUCUGCUGAUCACAGUUCUCCUGUAGACAGCCAAACUUCCCCCUUCUCCCGCUGGAUGAAAGAGAGGUUAAUGUUACUCGGUUUGUUAAUUCAGUGGCAGCUGAUAAAACAUUCAUUUCUUAUCUUAAAUUACUGAGAGGCUGGAAUAUUUGUUCAGAACAGAAUCAAGUAUUUUGUUGUGUUUGACAUAAAAAAUUGUCAGAUGCUAAUUUUAAUUACGUGCACCUUGGUGUUUUUUUGUUUUGUUUUUUUUGAUUAUGUUGAUUUUUGCUUACUGCUUUUCAUUUCCAUGAAGUACGCCACCUUAAAUGAAUGGAGUGAAAUAAAAUGGUAAUUCAGUCCAGUCAGCAGACUAGAAUCUUAAAUAUUGUCUUAAUCGUGGCAAUGCUUUGAUUUUUGGGGCGAAAGAGUUUUGUUUUUUGUUUUUUUUUUACAGCUUAACUGUGCUUGUUGUAGUUAAAAACAGUAAUAGAAAUAGUAAUUGUUUAUGUAACUUGCACUUUCUGAGGUUUUUUUUUCCCUGAGUACAGAGGAACGCACCCCUGCUGGGAAAAAAAAACAUCACAGACCAGUUUUGGUUUUGGUUCCGGUCCGUGCUGGUUUUUCCAGAAUGGACCACAAGCCCUGGACCUCCACUGAGCCUAAAACUGAUUAGCAGCAUGACUGCACCUGUUAGUGUAGGACAAGUUACAGCUUGAAGAUUUUUACAACUACAUGGAAUCAUGUUUUUUUUUCCUCCCCCCGCUGUAGCUUUUUCAGUUUUCAGCCUGAGCAGAGGUCUAAUUGCAAUAACUCAAAACAGCUGUGUGCCUGCAGGGCCAGAGGAUAUUCUAACAAUCCUUGAACCUUUUCAAAAAUAUUUUUAAAUGAAUCAGAGAAUUGCUUUGAUAUCGCUGUGUACUUGUACGACCUGAUCUUUAAGGACACUGCACCUUUUCCUCAGGGUAUUACCAGCAUGGUUUUCUAAUCCAUACAUGUGUACACCUGUGAUAUGUCGCCCUCUGCUGGGCUCCAUGUAGAACUGCAGUAAUUCAUAAUGGUAAAAAUGUAUUCCAGUCUCCCUGAAAUUUGGAGGCUACUUUAUCUGCAAACUGCAUCUUGAAUUAGGCUUGUGUGACUUAAUUUGUGUGUAAAAUCCCCAUGUUUAAAAACAUGUUCAUUGUCUUUUUAGAACUGUUUUUUAUACAGAAUGAAGUUAAAAGCAGGUGCAGCAACAGGUGACAUAAUAUGAGUUGUGUGUUUCUCACUGUGAAGGAAGAUCUAAACUAAACACAAGCAAGAGAGCAACAGCCAUGUGACCCCUCACACACAGACCACAUGCUUUGCUUAAGUAAAUAUUAAUCAGUCGUAAAAUCUUCCAGACCUUCACCAGCAGGGAGAAAAGCUGGAUAAGGUGUCACCUGACAGUGACACUUAAAUAAAAGUAUGUGUUUACACGCAGUUUCUACUAAAUCUAUCUCGACCGUAAGAAGCUUAAGUCGAUCUACAGAAGAUACAUGUCCUGUUCAUGGUCCGGGUCACGUCCCCUCCCAACACAGUUUCUAUCUCUCUGUACGUCUUGACAACGCCUUCCC